UUCUACAUUCCACGACACAACCAGUGAUACCCCCAGAUACCCAGAUACCCCUUGACUCUCUAGUUUGUUUGUUUUCAUACCAGUCUCGCGGUUUCGGCGCCCCCUUCAAUUCAUACUUUGAAGGCGAUAAUCGAUAAUCAAUACGACACGAUACUCUUAGACUCAAUCACUCCCUCUCCUUGCUUGCUAUUCAUAGCUUGAUCUCGUUCACCAUGCCUUCUCGCGCGGUCAAUAAGCCGGUCGACCCAAAGCAGAGGGACAAGGACAUCAACAACAAGCUGCAGCUGUUCGGUAUCUACCACGCUUUCAAGAAUGGAAAACUUCCAACCAACAAGCAAUGCGAUGUCGCUAUCAACUCUGCCCUGGCUCACAAGGCGCUCACAAACCCAUCGAAGGAAUUGUCGGAGGAGGGUCGGGCUCUCGUUCAGGACCUCCGAAUCAUCAUUGAAGAGGCCAAGAAACUUAUCCUUAGCAAGAACGACGGCCAGUUGCUUCAGGAGUUCAUCUACGACGCCCAGCACAUCUCUACAGAGGACGUGCAGAAGCCCAAUGUUGCCGGCAAUGACACUGCUGAGCAGGAUGCCGCUAGAGCACGAGAAGGACUAAAGACUCUUGGAACCCUUAUGAUCACCAAUGGAGAGUUCCGCAAGCUCCUUAACGACGCGAUGAUCAUCGCCCGUGAUAUUGCCGGGGACGCUUCCCAGAAGGCUGCCGAUAGUGUUCGCCCGGCGGAGCAUGAACUUUCCCAGGUCGAUCAGCCUGCCGAGGACAAUGUUUGGCAUGAGAAACCGGAUCUUUCCGGCCAGAAGGAACAGCUGAAGUCUCGCUUCAGCAAGAACAAGGACAAGGCUCAACAAGAGGCAUCCGAUGUUGCCAACACUGGUGCCCAGGCUGCUACUGGUCCAAGCGGUGACUCUGUCGACCCUUAUUCUGGAGUUAAUGCUUCACUCCAACACGCCCAAUCCAAGGUCCCUGAGGACCAGAAAGCGGAGGCCAACAAACGAAGCCAGGAAUACAAGGAUAGGACUAAGAACUAUCUCUCUGGAAAGUUCCCUCAAGAGCGUCGAGACCAGACCAUUUAUCGCUUGAAGAAGAUGAUUUUGGAAAUCCAGGGCCACCGGGACUACCAGCAAGCAAUUGAGACUUUGCUUGACCUUGCGGAAAAGUACGGUGGCCAUGGAAGGCACAUUGCUCAGCAGGGAACUGGCAGUGUUCAGGGAACCCGAGGCCAGAGCAAAGUCCAAACCAUGGAGAAGAACCUCAGGACUUUAAUCGAACGAUUCGCCAACAGCACGUCUAUGGAUGAUUUCUUUGACUCUCUGGAAAACAUUUACCGCGAUGCGGACAAGGACCCCGAGCUCAAGGGAUGGUUCAAGAACACAAACCAGUUUAUCCGCAAAACUCUCCAGCAGCAGGGUUAUAUUCUUCAGGAUGACUGGAACCGCCAGUAUAAUGACCUAGCUGAGCACGGUCGAUUCCUACUUCGUGAUCGAUACAGGGACCACACCAACCGUGUGCUUGAUGAGAUCAAGUUCCUUGGUGAUCAAUUCAACCAGGACCGCCAAAAUCGCGCGUUCGGUGACGCCGUCGAAAAAUUGUUUAUAGACCUUGGCCGCGAUGAGAAUGGGAACCCUAAGUUCAAGAAGCACCUCGUGAAGGAUAUCACCGACGUCAUUCUUCCAGCAAUCUUUGAGAACGUCCGCUAUGUUCCUAUCCCUCGUAUUGAGGUGCAGGAUGCCAUGGCCGAUGUUGUCAUCGAAAACCUGGUGAUUGAAAGCGACAAUCUUAUGCCGAAUGUUGUUGAGUUCGGAAGUGACAAUUACUACCGCUGGGGAAGGAAGAAGAUUAGCAGCAAGAGAGACAACAAGAUCAUGAUCUCUGUGUCUGGUAUCCAAGCCGACCUGAGAGAUGUUAGCUUCUACAUCAACAAGAAGCAGGGCUUCCCCUCUAUUACCGACACUGGUGUGAUGGAUAUCUUCCUUGGAGGCGAGGGUUUCUCCUUCAAGAUUGCCGCUUCUACUGCCCAGAAGCAGGAUCGCCAGAAUUUUGUCAAGCUCGACAAGGUUUCUGUCAAGCUCGAUGACAUUGACAUCAAACUCAAGAAGUCUAAGCAUAAGGUUCUAUUCACUCUCUUCAAGCCCUUGCUCUUCCGCACUGUGCGUCCCGCACUUCAAAAGGCCCUUGAAAAGCAGGUUCGUGAUGUUUUUGAAAAGGCCGAUGCCUUUGCAUAUGACGUGCACCAAGAGGCCCAACGAGUGAAGGAACAUGUCAAGGAGAAUCCUCAAGACGCACCAAACAUUUACAACCGCUACUUGAACUCUUUCCGUGCCAAAUUGGAGGAGGGCAGACGCAAGGCCCAGGAGGCUUCCCAGCAAGCUGCCCAGCGCGACACCAAGGCGCAGACCACGACUACUCUGAAGGGCUCGCUGUUCCCGGACAUCAAACUUCCUGGAGGCAUUACCACCAAGGCUACCGAAUACGAAGAACUUGCGCGUAAGGGCGAGCGCUGGGAGUCGCCCAUCUUCAGCAUUGGCUCCGCCUCGGAGUCGAGCGACAUCCCGAAGCCGGAACAGAUCACUCGUAAGCCUCACAACACUGCCGAAAGCAAGCUCCGGGACCGUCAAUCCAACGGCGCUGCAACUGGUGGCGCAGCUGGCGGUCUCGCUGCUGCUCCUCGUGGCCCCGUCACCAACGGCGGCGCAUUGGCUACCGGACGAGCCACGGACGGUGGCCCAGCAACCGCUGCCCCAACCCUAACCAACGGCAGCACCGCGGUGACCAACGGUCAUGCGAAGCACUAUGAUUCUCUCUUAAGCAAUGGUGCUGAUGGCAAACUGGCUCAGGACAUUUCCCAAAUCUCAGGAACUGGAUUCAACCCUCAAACCGCAUAGAUCUUUGAAAUGCGACGGUGACAAGGACGAAUUCUGUUUCCUAUUGUUCUUUUGUAGCAUGACAAACCUAAUCCUCCAAAUUGAAUUCUCACCCACAUUCUUUUGUAUCAUACGUGUCACGCAAUCAUGUCUUUGAUUUUUUUUUACUACCCCAUCCUAGGUAGCUAGGUAGUUCUUAUCAAGUACGAGUUGUACUGUUAAUUAUCUCUUUUCUCGUGAAAUUGGAUUUGACAAAUGCUUUUGUCUACGCUGAAUCAUCUAUAAAAUCUAGCCAAUAUCUUUUCUCCGUGAUUAAAUGAAGACUCUUUACAUCUGAUUG